AUGUCAUCGGAAAAGUCGCGCCAACACCACGACGGCAGCAGCGGCCGCGCCUUCACCGUCGAUCAAAAGGCCGCCGUCGUCCGCGUCCGCAAAUGCAGUCCCACCGCCUUCUACGACAUCCUCGGCCUCGAAUCAGUAAAGACGACUGCCACAGAAUCAGACAUUAAANAAGCAUAUCGCAAGCUCAGUUUGCUCACGCAUCCCGACAAGAACGGUUACGAUGGCGCAGACGAAGCUUUCAAGAUGGUCGCUCGCGCUUUUGCCGUGUUGAGUGAUUCAGAUAAGAAGGCCAAGUUUGAUCGCUUUGGAGGGGAUCCUGAUAGCAGGUUUCAGGGUGCGAGCGCUAGCUCGGCGAGUCCCUUCUCUGGAGGUGGUGCUACGAGGAGGGGUCCUGGUGGUGGCAUGUUUGAUGAUGAGAUUAGUGGUGGCCUUUUCGACGGCCCAGGCUUUGUCUUCAACAUGGGCGGAGGCCCUGGUGUACGUGUCCACCAAUUCGGCGGCGGCGCACCGCGACGACGACCUCAAGCAGCCAGAGACCCCAAUCAGCCACCCCCGUCCCUCAUGCAAUCGCUACAAUCUCUCCUCCCGCUACUCCUCCUCUUCAUCUUCCCACUCCUCUCAGGCCUCUUCUCUGGUGGCAGCACACCCUCCGGUCCUUCUGUUCGCUUAGACCCCGUAUCGCCCUACACUAUGCAACGCACUUCCUCCGGCUUCGGAAUCAACUACUACGUCGACCCGCGCGAAGUUUCCGACUUCACGAAUCGAAAAUGGAAAGAGUUGGAUAAGAGGGCGGAUACACAAUACGUCCACAAACUAUCCAACGAGUGCGAGGUGCAACAGCAGAGGAGGCAGCAGAUGUUCCAACAGGCUCAGGGUUUCUUCUUUGCCGAUCAGGCCAAGUUGCAAGAAGCCAGGAAGUUUCAAAUGCCUUCUUGUACGAGGUUAAAUGAAUUGGGCUACAGGACUUCAUAUUAA